AUGUACGAUCGUCUGAAGAUGGCAACCCCGAAAGCCGAGAAAGAUGCCGAGGAGGUGGGUUCCUGGGACAAGGAGCUGAGGGAAGUCAAAGAGAAGAUCGUGCGGCUUGACGAAGAGAAAGCCCGGGCGAUGAACUACAAGAAGACAGUUGAGCAGAAAAGAACACGGCUGCUCUACAGUAUUGCCGAUUCACAAGCGCUUAUGGAAUCAGGAAGUCGUGCCAUGAACAGCUGCAUUGCGGACCAGUACGCAAUUGAGAUGAGCACCCAGCCCAGCAGCGCAAAUGGCGGGGCCCGAGUUGUGGUCGACAUUGACUGCCUCUCUUUGGAGGACUUCACGCCGCGGGUCAAGUCCCACGUGGCCUACAUGGACUUCUGUACGGACAUGGUGCUGAGGCCUGUUGACUUGGGCACCGCUAAAGCGGAGGCGUCCCGUGCUGGCACACCAUCGCCGACACCCGACUACAACAUCAGCGUUCCCGGACAGUGCACGAGCACUGCGAGACCGAGAACCGGCGCUGAACCGCCCUCUGGUGAGGAAUCGUUGCGCCAAGUGUCGCAGCUGACUUUGAAUCUUUUGUGCCCCAAUAGCUUCAGUCCAGAGCAGAGACCUGCCGACCUCACCACCGCAGCAGCGGAGGCGCCCCCCGCUGGUACAUCGUCGCAAAGUUCAAAAAGCAAUUCCAGCGUCGCCAAGCAGAGCACCAGCACAAUUGGACGUAGCAACGAACACUCCAUACCAGCCUCCGCCCCUCGCAACCUUAACAUCGAAUCUUUUUCGCUUCCAGUGAGUACUAUUGCCCCCAGUUCGGGAUUGUGA